ACUUUAACUGCAGCAGUGGAUUAGGCAUUACGGAGCCUAUUGUUCCAGCCUGAAGAACUCUUGUGGAGGGUUUUCUUUGCCUCUUAAGUUUCCACUCGUCCCUCAGAUAUGUGGGGACUGAAGUUCACCACAACGUUGUUGAAAUGAUCCUAUUUUCAUAAUGGAGUCCAGGAUUGGAUCUAAAAAUGGAAAGCAGUGGUCAAAGAAGACAGCGAGGCCUUCACUCCGCCAGACGCAACACAAGUUCGGCAGAAUGAUGAAUGAUGACAAUCAAGACACAUUUAGAAAUGUCGGCAGAAAGCCGGGCCUGCAGAUAUGGACCAUCAAUAACAUGCAGAUGGUGCCUGUUCCAGCUCAAGGCUUUGGCAAUUUCUUUGAGGGAGACUGUUACAUUGUUCUUUAUAUAAGUCAGAACAAGGGUUCAGGCCAGUCGUCUGACAUCCACUACUGGAUAGGAAACACCUCCUCUCAGGACGAGCAAGGUGCAGCAGCAAUCUACGUCACCCAGCUGGACGAGCACCUGGGUGGGAGUCCGGUCCAGCACAGGGAGGUGCAGGGCAACGAGUCACCGCGGUUCAGGAGCUACUUCAAAAAUGGCCUCAUCUACAAGAAGGGUGGGGUGGCCUCAGGUUUCCAGCAUGUUGACACAAACGUCUACAACGUCCUGCGCCUGCUGCACGUCAAAGGGAGGAAGCAUGUCACGGCGACAGAGGUGGAGGUGUCGUGGAACAGCUUUAACAACGGAGAUAUAUUCCUGCUGGAUAUGGGGAAAGCCAUAGUGCAGUGGAACGGCCCCCAGAGCAACAGGAGGGAGAAGCUCAAGGCGGUCCUGUUGGCUCAGGACAUCCGGGACAGGGAGCGAGGAGGUCGAGCUCAGAUCGGUCUGGUGGAGGGCGGAGAUGAGAAGGACUCCCCGGAGCUCAUGAAAGUCAUGAUGGCGGUGCUCGGCCAAAAGACUGGGCAGCUGAAGGAGGCUGUUCCUGAUGACAAACCUGACCAGGUGCAGAACACCUCUGUCAGACUCUACCACGUCUUUGAAAAUGGUGGGAAUCUAGUGGUUCAAGAAGUGGCCACGCAGCCCCUGACGCAAGAUCUGCUGCACUCCUCUGACUGUUACAUCGUGGACCAGAGAGGCUCCAGUGUGAUGGUGUGGAAAGGCAAACAGGCCUCCAAGGAGGAGCGGCGGGAAGCUCUCAACAGGGCAAUGGGCUACAUCAAAGCCAAGAACUACCCCUCCAGCACCAGUGUGAAGGUGAUGACGGAGGGAGGAGAGUCAGCGAUGUUCAAGCACUUGUUCAAAUCCUGGAGCGAUAAAGGACAAACUCAGGGUCUUGGUACCACCUACAGCAUGGGAAAGAUAGCAAAGGUAGACCAAGUGAAGUUUGAUGUGAUGGAGCUCCACGCUCGUCCUGAACUGGCAGCCCAGCAGCGGAUGGUGGACGACGGCUCUGGAGUCGUUAAGGUGUGGCGUAUUGAGGACUUGGAGCUGGCCGAAGUAAAUCCGAGUACUUAUGGACAGUUCUAUGGAGGAGAUUGCUACUUGGUGCUGUACACAUAUCAAAUAUCAAACCAGCAGCAGUACAUACUCUACAUGUGGCAGGGCCGCCACGCCACUAAAGAUGAGAUCACAGCCAGCGCCUACCAGGCUGUUAAUAUUGAUAACAAGUACAAUGGAGCGCCGGUCCAGGUCAGAGUGGUCAUGGGAAAGGAGCCUCGUCAUUUCCUUGCUAUAUUCAAAGGCAAACUCGUCAUCUUUGAGGGUGGUACAGGCCGACCUGGCGUGGUCAUCCCUGACGGAGGUGCCAGGCUCUUCCAGGUCAGAGGGACUAAUGAGCUCAACACCAAGGCCACUGAAGUGCUGGCGAGGGCCUCGUCUCUCAGCACCAACGACGUCUUCCUGCUGAAGACCGACCACAUAUGCUACCUGUGGUAUGGAAAGGGCUGCAGCGGGGAUGAGAGGGUGAUGGGGAGAGCGAUGUCUGAUGUGCUGUCCAAGCAGGACAAGCAGGUGGUGAUGGAGGGCCAGGAGCCAGCUGAAUUCUGGGUAGCUGUGGGAGGAAAGGCUCCCUAUGCUAGUGACAAGAGGCUGCAGAAGGAGGAGCCUCCUCACAGUCCCCGGCUCUUUGAAUGCUCCAAUCAGGUCGGUCAGUUCAGGAUGACCGAGGUGGACGACUUCGCCCAGAGUGACCUGGACGAGGAGGAUGUCAUGCUGCUGGACACCUGGGAGGAGAUAUUCUUGUGGGUUGGAAACUCAGCCAACCAGUAUGAGACCAAGGAGGCGUGGAACAGCUCGCAGGAAUACCUGAGGACUCACCCCGCGGGUCGCGACCCCGACACACCCAUCAUCUUCGUCAAACAGGGAUACGAACCGCCCACCUUCACCGGCUGGUUCAACGCAUGGGAUCCUCAUAAGUGGAGCGGAGGCAACUCCUAUGAGGAGAUGAAAAAAAAGCUGAGUGAUCCAGCAUCUCUCUCACAGAUCACUGUUGAUAUGAGCAACGCUAAUCUCAAUAGGAGUCCUGGUGGGGUUAGUGGAGGUGGUUACGGGGCUCCAGGAGGCCCCACGAGCUCCCCUCCAGUCUAUAGGUUCCACGGAGGCGAUCUGUCCCCCAGACCCUCCACUCCCACCAGCCCGUCCACCCAAAGGGCCCAGUCCUCUGCGUCCAUGAACCUGUCCCCGUCCUCUAGCUUCACUCCAUCCUCCCCCUCUGCUGGAGGCUCUGGGACGUAUGUGGACCCAGAACUCCUCAUCAACAAGUCUCCCAGCGAGCUGCCGCAGGGAGUGGACCCCAACCUGAGAGAGGACUACCUGUCUGAUGUGGAUUUUGAGAACCUGCUCGGAACGACUCGCCCAGACUUCAAGCGCCUGCCGAAGUGGAGGCAGAGUGACUUGAAGAAAAAAGCAGGACUUUUCUAAAAGAAAACAAUUCACUGUUGGAUUCACAAACCUGUCUCACUGUAACGCUGAGAAACCUGUUUGUAAAACAAGCUAGAGCAGCAUUUUAGCUGCCGGCUGACUGACAGGAUGGGUAGAGGGCUCGAUCAUUUCACCUGAAUAUUGUUUUUUUUAUACAUCAACCAAGUUUAAGUGAUUAAAAAUGUUGACUAGAAUUAGCUUAUUUACAUGAUUGUGAUAAAAAACCAAAAUCAAGGACAUGAUUUAACACUUAAGUUAAGAUUAUUUUCAAUUGUUAUGCUUUAUAUUUAUCUAUAUUUUUCAAUGUUUUGCUGAUCGUACCAUGAUCGAGUUUUCUCAGGAUGUCAUCGUCAUCGGCUGAAUCACUUAUAUUAUGAAUAAAACACACAAAACACUUCAAUCAGAGACUCUGCUGGUUUUAUUUGAGAGCUAGUGCAAAUGCAGAUAAAUUAAAAAGAUUUGUUUGACAUGAAAUACUUGAUAAGGUGAAUUAAGGUUCAAUGUGUUAAGAGCAUAUUCGUGUAUGAUACAGUUAAUUUCUUGAUCUUGCUCAUCAUAUUAUUGUCAAAAGGAAGUUUGUUAAAAAAUAAAAACACUGAAAAACAUUGUGGAGCAUUCAUCAAAAUGAAUGGACACCUCAACACAGUGGCUCUCUCAAUGGGCACAAACAGAGACCAACAUCAUUAUAGAACUAAAAUGAGAGGAGUCUUUUAAACAGUUGAGUGCUUGUUGUGUUUACAUGAUUUGUAUGAUUCUGAAGGGAAAUAUAAAGCCUCAAGAAAUCUAUAAAAACAAAGUUAAAAUACUAUUCAGAAAUAUCUUAAACUGGAAUCCACACUUUACUCCUCCAAUUAUUGUACUUCGCCCCGAUACGGCAAACACAGUUUCUUUAAAUACUUUGCUCUUUCAUUCACAGUUUUCAUUCACUCUUUCUUUGUUACUCUCAACCAUA